CUUAUCUUAUUCAUCUAUCAUCACUACAAAAAACCCUAAUUAUUAUUAAGCCAUCUUUCAACCUAAUUAAGCUACAUCGAUCUCUUUUAUACAAUUAAGUUAACCCUUUAAAUUAACUUUCUCGUACAAGUUCUUAUUCGAUCUAGCUAGUCAUGGCACCACCACAUGGAGAAGCCGUUCUUUCAUCCUUCCCCAUCCCAACAAGAAACUUCUCCAAACCACCAAGGUUAUCUAACGACAACCUAAAAAGGACGGUUUCUGACAUUGCUUUUGAAUUAAGCAAAGAGAUUGAUAGAGAAAUAGAAGAGUCGUCACAACUAGCACUACCACCUAUUUCUGAGGCACAAGAUGCAAAGUGUGAGUGUUGUGGAAUGAGUGAAGAGUACACACCUGAGUACAUAAAACGUGUACGUGACAAGUUUCUAGGUAAGUGGAUAUGUGGGUUGUGCUCUGAAGCCGUUAAAGAAGAAAUGGAGAAAAAUGGAGGAAUGUGUAAAGAAGCCCUAGAAACUCACAUGAGCCAUUGUCAUAGGUUCAAUAAGCUCGGUAGGGCUUAUCCGGUUCUAUGUCAAGCUCAAGCCAUGAGAGAGAUUUUGAAGAAGAGUACUAGGAUUAGGGCUAAGUCUAUGAGCCCUAGAGAUAACGUGAACCUCAAGAAAGGUGGCAUAACUAGGAGUUCAAGUUGCAUGCCUUCCAUGAUGAAUGACCUUACUCUUAACAACUAAUUAUAUUGAUUAAAUUAAUUACCAUGCUUUAAUUUUGUGUUGUACACUAAUAAGUUUUUUUUUUUUUUAUUAACUUCUAGGUUGGUUUUUGGUGGUUGACAUCGAAUUAAUUCAUUGUUUUUAACACCUCCUUUUUUUGGGCUUUAAGGAGGAUUUAAUUUUCUUGGAUUAACAUAAGUUGUGCUUAAUUAUCCCACUUUGUUAGACUCAUACACCCUUUUAGGGUUUUUUGAGUGGGUUAAUACUAGCAUAUACUAAAUGGGUUGAUGAAAACCAUAUAUAAUUAGAUAAUUAAUGUAAUAUGUCUAUGUAAUGAGACUAAUUAAGUUGUUUUGUUAGAGCUUUGCCAUCUUUGGCUUAUCCUUUCGGCCUAACUGGAAGUCGAUCAUCUCUACUUAUUGUAAUCUUUGUAUUAUAUUAUGAAAAAUCUAAUAAAAAGAAAAUUUGUAUCAUUAAAA